ACUUGUUUUCCUUUUUUCACAUGGUCACUGCACGUCGCGUGCAGGAGGAGGGACAUGCCCUGUCUCUGAGCUUUUAAUAUCUUUUUAUUUUUUUCUAUUCUGAGGACUGUGAAGGUCGAGGCUGGCAUCAUGACUUCUAAAUGACCACCAUGAAUCAAACACUGAUGUUAUAACGCGACUCGUCACCACCCGGCAGCUCCACCAUCAGCUCCACUUCAGUCCUCUUCAGGGAAAACUACACCACCACCUGCCGACGCAUCUCGCGCCAUAUGACCGUCUCAAAGGGACCGUCCGCUCCUUCUUCUUGCCGUGCAGGUGACGACUCACUCGGCAGGAUGACAUGGCGUCCUCAGUACCGCAGCUCCAAGUUCCGCCACGUGUUCGGUAAGGUCGCCACCAAAGAGAGCUGCUACGAUGGUGUGCCGAUCACACGCAGUGUUCAGGACAAUAACUUCUGUGCCGUCAACCCUCGUUUCCUGGCGGUCAUUACCGAGUGUGCAGGGGGAGGGGCUUUCCUGGUCCUGUCAGUCCAUCAUACAGGUAAGGUGGAUCCGCACCACCCCCGGGUUUCAGGCCACCGAGGAAACGUGUUGGAUAUCAAAUGGAAUCCCUUCAACGAUUACUGCAUCGCCUCCUGCUCCGAGGAUGCCACGGUGAAAGUGUGGGAGAUCCCUCCUCAUGGCGUGCUUAAGAACCUGACAGUACCAUUAAAAGAGCUCCAGGGUCACAGCCGCAGGGUGGGCCUCAUCGAGUGGCACCCAACCGCUAACAACAUCCUGCUCAGCACGGCCUACGACUACCAGGUGAUGAUCUGGAACCUGGACUGUCCGGAGCAGGUGAUAAAGAACCCGGUGCGGACAAUAAGCCUGCACACAGACGUUGUCCUCUCUAUAUCUUUCAGCACAGAUGGCAGUGUGUUCACAACCACAUGUAAGGACAAGAAGGUGCGACUCAUAGAGACGCGCUCAGGAAACCUGCUGCAGGAAGGCAGCAGCAAGAUGCAUAAAGCCACCAAGGUGCUGAUGCUGGGAAACCUAAAGAUGCUGGUCACAACAGGGACGUCACGCUGGAACCAUCGACAGAUCUGUUUGUGGGAUCAGGAUGAUCUGGCUACACCUUUGGUACAAGAGAACCUGGAUGGUUCAUCAGGAGUCCUCUUUCCAUUCUACGACCCUGACACGCACAUGCUCUACAUCGCUGGGAAGGGGGACGGAAAUAUAAGAUACUAUGAAAUCAGCUCGGAAAAACCGUACAUCCACUACCUGACAGAUUACCGCUCCAACGUACCUCAGAAAGGACUAGGUGUGAUGCCAAAGAGAGGUCUGGACGUGAGCUCCUGCGAGGUGUUCAGGUUUUACAAACUGGUGACAGUGAAGAGCAUCAUUGAGCCUCUUUCCAUGAUCGUACCCCGCAGGUCGGAGUCGUACCAAGAAGACAUCUACCCAAUGACAGCGAGUAACAAACCUUCUCUGACUGCAGAGGAGUGGCUCAGCGGCAUUGAUAAAGGCCCAAUUCUGAUGUCUUUGAAGCCAGGAAGUCAGGAGGCGGAGUCGUAUCAAGAAAUGAGCAAGGGAUCAGGAAAUGCGCUGGACUCUCACAGGUCUCAGAGCAGACCCGGGAUGCUGCAGCUGGCAUAUAUUCAGGAUCAACUGGGAACCAAAGACGGCACAGAGGAUGGAGGACAGGCGGAGGACGGCAUGAGUUGGACACCAAUCAGCAACGGACAAGAUCUCGGUCUCUGCUCUCCACCAAGGACGGAGAAUGAGCUACGUCUGAAGUUCCACAAGCAGCAGGAGGAAAUCCGACGGUUGAGGGAGCUCUUAAACCAGAGGGACGUGCGCGUCAAACAGCUGGAGCUGGAGAUUAAAAACAUCAAAAACUCGCAGUCUCAGAGCUCACUUACAGACUUACCAUGACCUGCUGAUUCACUGUCACCUCCACUUGGAACACACACAUUACUGUACGAAAAAAAAAACCUACUUCAACCCGCCACAUGCCCGUCAGGGUCCCAACUUACUUCCUAUCCUCCAAUAAGCCCUGAAUACUCACUGCACAGGGGUGGUUUUAACCUCAUUUCUGUUUAUUUUCUUCUGUCUGUCAUUCUGUCCACAUGAGAUGCACAUAUUCUUUAUAAAUGUAAAUACACUCAAACACUGACUCUUGUUUUUAAACUCUUUGCACCUGUUGACCUUCUUUACCAUUUUUUCUUUUUUACACCUCACAGCUAUGCAAGUUUAUUGUAAUUUUUAGCUUUUUUAUGCUCUUUGUAGCCAAGAGUCAAAAGGAUGUUUGUUGUGUCCCGAUUGAAUGAUAUCACUGUUUGAAUGUUGUUUGAAAGUUCUCACAGGGCAGAAGCAGACAUCCUGCGAGAUUGUACGAUAACGCAAAAUUUUAUUUUUGUUCCUCCUUCCCCAUAAAUAUUUAAACUACUGUAAGCGAUGACUGUGGCUGCGGUGUUUUCAUGUAUGUGUGAUUGAAUGAAAGUGAUCUAAAUGAAUGAAAAAUAUCAAACCCA